AUGGCGGAGGACGUGCCGCUCGAGGAGCCGCCGGAGCCGGCGCCGGAGAGCUCGUCCGGGGGCUUCGCGCAGUUCAUGUGCUGCUCCACGGACAGCAUGGACAAGGACGGCUCGCGCGCGCCCGUGGACAUGUUCUGCUUCAAGGGCCGGGCCGAGGAGGACGUCGACGCGCCCGUGGACCCGCCGGGCGACGACGACGCGACGACCGACGCCGCGUGCCCCGGCGACAAGGGCGAGGCCUGGGCCGUGGGCGCCGCGGACAAGGAGGAGGCGACGUGGGCGCGCGAGGGCGCGGACCAGGCGCACAUCUUCGGCGAGGCGCCCGCGCCCGCGGCGGCACCGGCGCCGCCGCCACCGGACGACGCCGCACCCGCGCCGCCGCCCGCGCCCGGCAAGCGGCGCGCGUCCAUGGCGCCGAAGCCGGCAUCGGAGAAGAAGCGCAUGUCCAUCUUCGAGGCCAUGCAGGCGUCCGUCGCGAGCGCCGCGGGCAUGGGCGCCGACGACGAGGAGGCCGUCGUCCUCGAGGCCGUGCUCCACAAGAAGGGCAGCGGCGGCGGCUUGAUCUUCGGCAAGUCGGCCGCGUUCAAGAAGCGCAAGUUCGAGCUCGUCAAGCGCUGCCCUGCGCACUGCCGCGACGGCGAGGGCUGCGACGUCGGGCCCGUGCUCCGCUACUACGACGCCGCGGGCGCGCACUUCAAGGGCGCGAUCCUCCUCGACGGCUGCGAGGUCAACGCGCUGCCCGCGGCGACGCGGCCCCAGGACAAGUUCGUCUUCGAGGUCGUCUCCGGCGAGCGGCGCAACUACGUGCUCGCGUCUGCGACGGAGGAGCUCCGGGGCGAGUGGCUCCAGAAGCUCGAGGAGGAGAUCUCGCGCCACUCGGAGAUCCUCUCGGCGCUCGCGCCCGAGGCCAAGACGAAGCGCCGCGCGUCGAUCCAGAGCGCCAAGGCGGCCGCGGACGAGGAGAGCGCCGAGGCCGAGGCGGCCGACGACGACGGCGACGCGCCCGAGGAGCCGGCGGAGCGGCCGCCCCUCGAGUCGCCCGGGUCCAAGAAGGGCUCCAUGUUCAACCUCUUCAAGCGGUCGAGCUCGAAGGACCUCGGCGCGGGCCCGCGCGGACGCCGGCCGCCGGCUCCGGGGGCGUCGACCGAACGCAAGGGCGAGGCGCUCUGCGCGGGGCCGCUCCACUACAAGACCGUCGUCAAGUCCAUGUUCGGCGGCUCCAAGGCCGUCUGGAAGAAGCGCAAGAUGGAGCUCGUGCCGUCGUCGUCCGACGACGUCGGCCCCGUGCUCCGCUGCACGAAGACCAAGGGCUCCGGCGACAAGAAGGAGGCCCUCUUCCAGAUCGUCCUCGAGGGCUGCACGGUGCGCGACGACGACGCCAAGCCCACGAAGAAGGCCGCGGCCUUCGCGAUCAACCACGCGACCUACACGGAGCCCAAGGUCUUCUACGCGGACGGAAACGACGAGCGCGACAAGUGGACGGAGCAGCUCAAGGCGGCCGUCGCCGACUACAAGGAGAGCCUCGCCAAGGAGGCCGAGUCCGCGCCCGCCGAGGUCGCGAAGAAGACCGAGACCAUCAAGAAGGCGCGGCGCGCGUCCCUCACGCUCGAGGAGAGCGUCGCCCACGUCGACGACGACGCGGACGACGGCGACGCCGCCGCGGGCCUCGACUGA